AUGGAAGGAAAACCACAUGUUGCUGCGGUUUGCUCCCCGUCAGAAUAUCAUUAUGAAUAUACUGAAUGUGACAGCAAAGGAACCAGAUGGCGUGUGGCUGUCCCUCAUACCCCAGGACUCUGCACAGGACUACCAGAUCCAGUCAAAGGAACAGAAUGUUCCUUCUCCUGUGCUGCAGGGCAAUACCUGGAUAUGGCAGUACAAGAAUGUUCUGCAUGUGGAAAAGGAACAUACUCCUUGGGGACUGGUGUUCAUUUUGAGGAGUGGACAGAACUUCCACAUGGUUUCAAGAGCUUGUCAAACAACAUAUAUGGAACACAGUAUGGGAACUGUAGCAUGUCACAUUGGGAGGCCCGUGGGGAAUAUGUGGCAUCAAACACUGAUGAAUGUACAGCAAUGUUAAUGUAUUCAGUGAACUUGAAACAAGAAGGAACUAUUAGCUUUGAAUACUUAUAUCCUGACAACAACAUUGCCUUUGAAUUUUUUGUUCACAAUAAUCAGUGUCAGCCAAAGGGGGAAAGUUCAAAAUGGAUGAGAACCACUGAAAAUAGAUGGAGUUUUCACCAGGUAAAACUCACUCAAGGAACUAAUGUGCUAUACUGGAGAACAGCAGCUUUUUCCAUGGGAACUAUCACUAUUAAGCCUGUGUUGUUAAGGAAUAUUCGGAUUACAGGUGUUGCCUAUACUUCAGAAUGCUUCCCAUGCAAGCCUGGUACGUUUGCCCCCAGCACUGCAACUUCAUCCUGUCAGCAAUGCCCUAAAAACACCUUUUCGUAUCGUGGGGCCUCCUCUUGUACACCAUGUGAACCUGAUAAGUAUUCAGCUUCUGGCAGUGCAUAUUGUACCCCUCGCCCCCCCUGCACAGAUAAAGACUAUUUCUACACUCAUACGCCAUGUGAUAUCAACAAAGAGACACAACUGGUAUAUAAAUGGAUUGAGACUAAAAUUUGCAAUGACACUAUGGAAGGAGCUAAAGAACUGCCAAUGUCAGGUGCCAAAAUAAAAUGUCCACCUUGUAAUCCUGGGUUCCAUCAGUCCAACACCACAAUCUGUGAACCAUGCCCUCAUGGAAUGUUUUCAGAUGGUACCAUCUGCAGAGAGUGUCCCGUUGGUACACAAGCUGCACAAGGUUUUGAAUAUAAAUGGUGGAAUAUACGGCCUUCAAACAUGCAAAGCACAGUCAUGAGUGGGCUGAACUUUGAAUAUCUAGGAGAGUCAGGGUGGGAAGUGGCUGGAGAUUAUAUUUACACAUCUGCUGGGUCUUCAGAUAAUGAUUAUAUGAUACUUACUAUGAAUGUUUCUGCCUUCAGUUCCCCACAGCAAUUAACUGAAGAUAAAGAAAGUAAUGAGGUGUCCCGUAUCACAUUUGUGUUUGAUAUGAACUGUUUUGUGAAUUGCCAACUUUUCUUCAUGAAGGCCGUGAAUUUAGAAACAAGCUCUCUAAUAGAAAGUUGGAAUGGCACAAGAGAUAAGCAGUCAUAUUCACAUCACUUGAAGAGAAAUGCAAACACUACUUUUACUUGGGCAUUCCAAAGAACCAGUGUUAAAAAGGAUGGGGGCCGCAAAUACACAGCAGACGUGGCGAAAAUCUAUUCAAUUAAUAUCACCAAUACAAAGAAUGGGGUUGCAUCUUGGUGUCAACCAUGUGCUCUUGCCAAGGACUCUCAGUGUAUCUCUUGUCCUUCUGGUCAUUACAUAGACAAAAAGACAAGCCGCUGUAUUUCUUGCCCACUGAAUACUUAUCUGCCAUCACAUUUAUUUUUUGGAGAAGAAGCUUGUACAGAAUGUGGCCCAGGUACUAAAAGCAAUGACGUUCAUUCCUUAUGUUUUAACGAUUGCCACUUUGCAUUAUCAGUUGGAAGAAAGCAACUGCAGUAUGAUUUUACAUUACUUCAGAAUAUAACAACAUUUACUGGGAAUCCCAGCUUCACAGGCAAAGGCGUCCAAUUUUAUCAUCAGUUCAGUAUCAGCCUUUGUGGGAACCAGGGGAGGAAAAUGGCUACAUGUUCUCAGAAUAUUUCAGGCAUCCAAGAAUUGGAAAAUGAGCAAAGACCAUCUUUAAAUUCCUAUGUGUGCCAGUCUAUUGUUAUACCAUCAGAUGAGGCUGGUCAGAAAUUCUUAAAGUCUUCACAGCUCAUAGUCCUUGGUGAGCAGUUGAUAGGUGUGACAACAGAAACAACAUUGGGAAAAAUCAAUUCUCCCGUGGAUUUGUUUCCAGGAGAACAUGCAGACAUAAAAGAUAUAAUAUUCUAUUACAGGUCCAAAGAAGUUACGCGAUACUGUGUUUCUGGUCGUGCUUCCACAAUCCGACUGCGCUGUAAUCCACAGAAAACUGGUGUAGGCAUUUUGUCUGUACCAAGUAAUUGCUCAGAUGGAACCUGUGAUGGCUGUGUAUUUCAUUUUCUGUGGGAGACAGAACAGGCGUGUCCUCUAUGUACUGACAAUGACUUCUAUGUCAUCACAAGUGUGUGUCAACAUGGUAUCCAGAGAACAACUGCAGUGUGGCAUACCCCCAAACUGUGUGUUAGAGGUAUUAAUCUUCCAGCUCAAACUAUUAGUGUCUGUAAAACUCCAGAUUUCUGGUUGAAGGUCGGAGUGAUUGGUGGUAUUUGUUCUGCACUUGUCCUUAUAGCACUCACUGGUUACUUUUGGAAGAAAAAUCGAAACUUGGAGUACAAAUAUUCACGACUAAUGAUAAAUGCGCCAUCCAAGGAGGGUGAACUUCCAGCAGCUGACAGCUGUGCUAUUAUGGAAGGAGAGGAUGCAGAAGACGAGUUAUUAUAUAGCCCCGCUCAUUCCAUAUUACGCAAAUUCCUAUCCCUUUCUGAAAAGGGCCAGGCAGUGUAA